UCCGCCAUAAAUAAAGUCGACAGGUGCGUGGCAGGUGUGAAACGUCAGAGUGACAAAGACCAUGAUCUGGUCAGUUCGGCGUGUCGGCUGUCUUUCACAGGUUGCUGCAGCACGUGGAUGCUUGAGCGGAUACGCGGGCGGGCGGGCGCGCGCGCGCACCCAGCAGGAGCGCCGGGGCUCGCUUGUCAUCACUGUUGCUCUGAUUCACAAGCCCAUGAACACCGCUGGGCUCGGUGUGUCCAUCUGCGCUCGAACUUGGAAUUAAACUCACAUUAGUUAAAUCUGGCACCAUGGAUGCUACCAUUUACCAGAUCAUACUCGGAGAGCUCGGGGACCUAAACUGUAGUUUGAUAGAUGCUUUCCAAGACACUUUUUUGGAAAACGCUUCAUUGUCAUUGCUGAGCACUGAUGGUUUAUAUUGUAAUGCCACAACCGAUGAGAUUGGAACCUGCUGGCCGCGGAGCAGCACCGGGAGGAUUGUAGAGAGACCCUGCCCGGAGUACAUUAACGGAGUGAAGUACAACACAACCAGGAGUGCUUACAGGGAGUGCAUGGAAAACGGGACGUGGGCGUUGAAAAGCAAUUACUCCAAUUGUGAGCCCAUUUUGGAGGAGAAGAGAAAAUAUCCAAUGCAUUAUAAAAUAGCGCUGAUCAUCAACUACCUAGGCCACUGUAUCUCUGUGGGAGCUCUAGUCGUGGCUUUCAUUCUCUUCUUGUGCUUAAGGAGCAUACGAUGUCUUCGAAACAUCAUCCACUGGAAUUUGAUCACCACCUUCAUACUGAGGAAUGUUAUGUGGUUUUUGCUUCAGCUGAUUGACCACAAUAUUCAUGAGAGCAACGAGCCCUGGUGUCGACUAAUUACAACAAUAUACAAUUACUUUGUGGUGACAAACUUUUUUUGGAUGUUUGUUGAAGGAUGCUACCUUCACACAGCCAUUGUAAUGACUUAUUCAACCGAUAAGCUCAGAAAGUGGGUCUUCCUUUUCAUCGGGUGGUGUAUUCCAUUCCCUAUAAUAGUUGCCUGGGCCAUCGGAAAGUUGUAUUAUGAAAAUGAACAAUGUUGGUUUGGUAAAGAACCCGGAAAAUAUAUGGAUUACAUUUACCAGGGACCAGUUAUUCUUGUACUCCUGAUAAACUUUGUUUUCCUCUUCAACAUUGUAAGAAUUCUUAUGACCAAACUAAGAGCUUCAACUACAUCUGAAACAAUACAAUACAGAAAAGCUGUGAAAGCAACACUGGUCUUGCUACCUCUGCUGGGCAUCACCUACAUGCUCUUCUUUGUGAAUCCGGGGGAGGACGACAUCUCACAAAUCGUUUUCAUCUAUUUCAACUCCUUUCUACAGUCUUUUCAGGGGUUCUUUGUGUCAGUGUUUUACUGCUUUCUAAAUGGAGAGGUACGUUCUGCCGUAAGGAAACGGUGGCAUCGCUGGCAGGACAACCACGCCCUUCGAGUAAGAGUGGCACGUGCCAUGUCCAUCCCCACAUCUCCAACCAGGAUCAGCUUCCACAGCAUCAAACAGACCACAGCUGUGUGACCAGGGGAACAAGGACAUGUAGUAAUCUCCACUACAGCGUCUGACGGAACAGACUUACUGUUUUUUCCCCACUACAAGUAAUGAAGCAAAUUACAGAACAGACUGAUACCUCUGACAAGGCCACAGUGUAUCCAGUGUGACAAGAUUCAGACAGUUUCUGUUCUGUCUGGUGAGAAAAAUAAACACCCAAAAUUACACUUUAACUGCACAUGAAGUAAAAUGGACACAUAAGAUUCUUGGAGGAUUUAUGUCCCUUUACAUACUGUACAAGAGGGAUGAGGGUUUGACAUUUUCUAGAGAUGAAAAGAGGCACAUUUAAAAGACAUAAAAAUGACAUCAACAUCAAACUGUCACAUCAUAUCAAGUCUUAUUGUCUGAUCUUACAGUGUUGUUAUUGUUGUCAUCUUACUGCUUAGAGGUUAUCAGUGGAGCAAGAUAAUCCCACAGGAUUUGCAGCAGGAUACAUCAUACACUCGUAGGCAACGUGGCUCCAUUGUUACUAUGAGGGAAUGCAUCGAGGAAUACUUGCAGUUUAACUGACUAAGAUGUAUUCAUAAUGUUGCCAAAACAGCCAUUUGUAUUUAGUCUGAUGAACAUCAAAAUGCAGAAAUGCUCUUUGAGUUUACUGCUCCAUGGCAUCAAAAGCUACUUUUGACAGCCCGGAAAGAAGCUUUGGGGAAGAAGAUGGUUCACCUGAAUUAAAUAUAAAAAAAAAACUGUACAGAAUAAAAGGCAUAAGAUUUAAAAGAGUCACUGCUUGCUGAAGGGAAAAGGGAUUCAGAAUAACUUAGUGAGAAGAAUAAUUGGUUUUCACCAAAACGCAAUGUGAACAAGCGUGCGGUUUGGUUAGCAUUAGCUGAUUAUUUUAUACAAACAAGCCAUUCUAAUGGAGCUUUUAUAAUGUUUCCUCAGAGGAGUCCUCUCCUUAAAAUCUGUGUUCUUUUAUACAAUGUUGAUUUUUUUUUUUUUUUAGUCUCGCAGUGUACUGUUUAAAAAAUUGUUAAAAUGCUUCUUCACAAGCUAGGCUUCAUUUCUAAUGCUGUGGUCCAGGUAUUUGUUUCCACCACUGGGUUUCACUUCCCCCUGGAUUUUGCUUUUGGUGUCAACAAAAAAAGCAGUUUAAUGUGUGAAUUCCCUGAGGCUGACGCAUGAGGACAAAAUUAAAGCUCUCUUCGAAAGGAGUAAAGAUGAGACACUCCCAGCACCAUAAAAUAACAUAUAUAUGUGUGUGUAUUUGUUAUUUUAUGGAGCUGGGAGAACAAUUUGAAGUCAUUUACGUAAUGUAUAUGUGAGUUAAGUGCCAUGCAUGGAUUUAUCAUGCAGGCACAGUGCAAGCAGAUUAAAUUCUUUUUGCCUUAUAAAAUCCAUGUGGUCACGACUAAGCUGCUGGUUCAAGAGAAGAGAAGCUUGACGAAGUGAGCGCCAUUCGCUUCCCUAAACACUUGGCCCUGGUCAGAUCAACAUACUGCCGAGCUGCUAUAUCAACUCUUACAUCUGCUCAGGCUUCUCAAACAGUAAUACCAGGAACAGCUAUCUCUGUGCAAUGACAAACAAAAAAUACCUUUGUUUUCUACAAAGGAUAAAGAGGGAAGAGGAUAUAUUAGUUUUGAAUAGGAUUACAAACAAAGUCUGAAUUAUGUGCAAGCUUAAUCUUUGUUGCAGACGUUCCUUUGUGUGUCCCUGUCCGUGUCAGAAAGACUGUUUUGGUCUAUCAAAUGGUACAAUUAAGAAUGUUUAAAGGAAGAGUUUGGAAAAGAUGCUUGUUGACUUUCUAUCUAAGAAUUACAUGACAUGAUCAAUACCAAUUUCACGUCUGUUUGUUAAUUAUGAAUGUUGUUUUUACACCUUGGUAUUUUGUAUGGAUUAAACAAACAAGAUGUAGCAGGUUCAUAGGUGAACUUUUGAGAGAUUUUGUAAUCUGAGGACAGAACCAGGCUGGCUGUUUCCCCCUUUUUACAGUUUUUAAGCUAAGCUAAGCUAACUGGCUCCUAGUUGUAGAUUGAUGGUUAGCAUUGAGAGUGGUACUGAUCUUCUAAUCUAAACCUUGGCAAGAAAGUAAAUAAGCAUAUUUCUCAAAAUAUCUUUUUUUUUCCAAGGAAAUAAUCUUGUCUUAUUUUAGCUUAGUUUGUAUUUAUUUGUUGGUUAUUUAUCUGUUUAUAUUUUUAAAUGAUUUGAUACUGAGUAUUAAAAUCCACUGGACGUGCAGUUCUGUAGAGUUUGGAUUUAAAAAGGAUUAAAAUAUACAACAUUUCUGUGAGAUCUGUGAUCAAAUGUAUUUGAGGGUGUUGUACAGAACAUAUUUCAUCACUCUGUUUUAAAAUAUACAUUUCAGAUUAGUAUUUUUUAAAACUUUGUUACAUUACUGCAGACCUUUUUUGUUGUUGAUGUGCUGCUCAAGUGGACUGGUGUUAUGUGUUAUAUCAAAUGUUGAUCACCCAAACUGAUUUUGAUGUAAAUAUUUUCAUUUCUGUUUCCAGCGUCAAAACUCGUGCAGCUGUAACACCACACGCCCUUCCAUGACCUCAUCCUAAACACAAGAAGUACAUUAUGGAAUAGUUGUGAAAUAUUUUCAUAUAUAAAUAAGUAAACAAAUCAUUUAUUAACUCACCAAAGAGACAACCACGUUUACCAACAUACAGAAUUUUUUAUUAUCUACAGAUUUCUAUUGGUCCCACUGCACUUUGUAGACCAACUUGUUGAUGUUAUUUCAUACACCAUUUAUUGUACAUGAGUAAGUGUAUUCUGUGUAGUGUGAUGUCAGAUUUGGUAACUUCUAACUCUACGUUUGGCCUACUGAUUUUAUGGAAGACUCUUUGUUGAACCACCCAUGAUGCCUUACAA